UGUACCUGGAUGAAGACCUCUGCUGAAAGCAGACAAAUAACAUAACACAUCCAAAGGCAUCGUUGGACAUCAAUUAUAACUUUUAACGCGAGAGACGCCAGUAUUUUCAUCAGAGCACCGCAAUAUCCACAAUGGAUUUUUUCAUGCAUUAUUUGCUACAACCCAGAUAAGUACGACUUGUAGUGAAAUGGAUUGAGUUGGAAGUAGCAGCCACAACAAAACUAGUGUCAAGAAAAUGUAAACAGAGGAAACAGAAUACUACCAGUUCCCUGUCAGAGCUGCAUCGAAUAUGAGUUUACCUACAGUACACUACAGCCCAUACCCCGAAGAUCUAUUCUUCUGCGAAGGAAGGCAACUGACAGGAGGAAACGGGCGCAUUCGCAAAGUCUGACAAAAAAAUCACCUUGCAUAAGAAGGUUGGGACAUCGGUGGAUGAGGAGAUGCCUCAGAGUCGUGGGAUCAGUGGGGGGCUACUGCAGGUGCCUGGUAAGGGGGCAGAGGCAACGGUGAUGGCUGACCCCGGCAGCCCCAGGCGCAUGACCUUCGACCUCUUCAACAUGGUCACCUCCUUCAAAAAUCUGGUGAUCUUCUUUGAGCCUGUCAAUGUUGCAUGGGACCUGAUCAAGUACCUCUUGGGGUGGAGAUCGCCCAUUUCUUCACUCCUGUGCUGUGUUCUUCUGAAUGUCCUCUUGCUCACUUUGAGUGAAGUUGCCUGGCUCCUCCUAAGUCUGCUGUGUGUCUCGGCCCCCGCGACUCUGGGCUACCUUAAGUAUUGCUCCAAGAGAGAGGCGAGUGACUUGGCCAUUCAGAGGUACAGACACCAUGGUGUCAGCAGGCAAGACUUCAGAACAGUCCCCUUGACCCGAGAAGAGGCCAUGCUGGAGGUUAAGGCACUGCUGAGGCAGCUGGAGGAGAUGCUAUCGCGGGCCUGCCUCUCGGCGGAGUGCGUGCACCGGCUGCUGUACUGGGAGAGCCACGUGGAGUCGCUCCUGUUUUACGGCACCCUCUUGACGGCCCUGUGCCUCCUGUAUGCUGCACCUGUGUGCCUCUCCCUGGCCGCACUCAACACUGCCUUCUUCCUCUGGAACAGAGAAUUCUUCCGAGUGGUCCUGGAGUUCAGAGACAUGGUCCCUUGGGGCCGGCUCAAGCCUGUGUCAGGGACGCCCCAGAAACCACAGAAGAACACCGCUUCGGCCAGGAACCCCUCUGUCACUGAGUAUGAGGGUCUGUCCUGGAGAGGCCUCGAGGGGCCUGUCGAAGUGGAUCCGGAUGAUGAGUUUAAAGAUGCCAUUGAGGACGACGAUGAGGAUGAGUCCGCGGUGGCCCUCCAGCUGGACCCAUUCUCCGGCGCCGUCCCACUGGAAAAGAGUACAGACAGCCGCCACAAAGGGUCCAAGCUGACCACCAAAUUCCGCAAGCGCUACCCAAGCAACAGCGGCGGUAGCUGCUCCCACUGCCACGUCGCCUUCUCUAUGCUGAAGAAAAAGAAAAACUGCAGCAACUGUGGAAGCAUCUUUUGUUCUCGCUGCUGCUCCUCCAGAGUUCACAGGUCAUGCCUGUGCGACACAGCUCCCGAGGCUCAGAGGGAGACGGUGUUGGUCUGCAUUCCCUGCAAUGUGUCCCUGGGGAAGGCGGAAUAGGGCCUCUCUCUCCCCUGUGCCUUUCGCUCUGGCUCAGGUUGACCGUAGGCGAACAUCUCAACCAAAGACAAGCAUCUGCCGAGUCUCCAGCCCUGAUGUCCAAGCCCUGGAAUACACUCAAAACACUAACUUUUGUACUGAACUAUUUAAAGUUUUCAUGUUUACUCGUACAUCUGUUUUAUACCAUGAGGCAAUUCCCAAGAAUGGGUCCCCUAGCCUCCUCUUUCAGCUGCAGCCAUUUGUGAGUCAAAGUGAAGCAGGGCUUAGUUAUGAUGCAGAUAUUCGCAGCAUGUUCAGAUAAGCCAGUGCUUUGGAGGAAAACCUGUACCAAGGUGCCUGCCAUUGUGACUGUGGAAUUGCUGGAUUACCUGCAUUAGUGACUUUUAGAGGACCUCAUUGAGUUGAUACAGUAUACAAGCCUCAUUUCCCUGCGCUCUGUCUGUCUUAGCUGCAUCUUGCGCUUCUCCCAAGCUCUUUGUACCAGCACUCAGCGAGACUCAAUGGCUGCAGACACCUCGGGGAGUGCAAACGAGAUCCAUGGAGCAAGACAUGAGGCAAAACCUCUGGAAGUUCAAAAAUUGUGCUCCACAGAGGGUCCUGGGCUCACCAUGAAAUUAGCUUCAGAGUUGAUAUUACAGAGCAUUACAUGCCUCCUUCCCCCCAGCCCCCAGGUGAAGGAAAGUCUGAAGGUAUUUGGGCAUUUGACUCGCAGAUUACAGUACACCAUACACAUUACCCAGAGAACAUUGCGAGCGUUGCUUCUGAUUGGUCGGUCUGGCCGGUGUAGCCACGUUUCUCACGCUACACACUGGUUGCCCUUGAGGCUAAUAGGCCAGAGGGCAGAAUCCCGAAUAGGUCCUCGCUUGGUGAGUGUGCUGCAGCAGCAGUUCUGGGGCUCCUGGAUCCAUGCUGAGCUGCUCGUUUGCUCUGCAUGUGACCUAAAGCACUGCACGGUGCGGCUCUCCCUCGACGGAUGGCUGCCAAAGGGGGGCCGCUGAAACUUUUUGAAGUUGACUGCUUCACGGGUAUUUGGGGUUUACGCAAGCCAGCACGGCCAUGGCCCGAGACUUAGUGGUCAGUGCAUGGGUUUACAGUGAGACUGACUACACAGGGGGAAGUCGCGGAAACAUGAAAGAGCAAAGCCUCCUCCGUUCCUGCUCUGGUGCUGCCCUGCCUGCUUGUUUGUUUCCUCACAAAGGCCCCAUCCUUCGCCCUUCGCUUCGAUGUUGCGAAGGAGAUGGCAGAAAGAGUGACUCUGAACACUGGACUGCUUUCCUCUGUGGCCUGCCAGUGGGAAAUGUUAGCAGUCAGUGAGAUGGAUCCUGGAGACCCCCCCGAUGAAGCUGACUGCAAGCACACGUCAGGAAAUAAUG